CCAGCCAACUUGGACAGCGUGCGAUUUCAGAGUCCGCAGAAACUUUGAAUCGUUUUCUGGAUUUAAGUCUUGAGUCGCACAGAAACCAUCUCUAUCGCGGUUUAAGUCUGGAACCUGAAAUGCGUACUCUUCCGCUACCUGCCGGCGUAUGUGUGAAGACGGACCCCUGACUUCCAAGAAGCUCCACGUUCUCUGGAUGAAUAAGGAUAUUUUCUAAAAUGAGUGCGCUUUUGAGGUGCUGCGUUUUUCUAUGUUUGUGCGGAUCAGGACUCGGAGAGAUGGACACAUGCAGCGAGGUGCACAAAGUUUUUCAACUCAGGCAAAUCGGACCAAAUCAGGUUCUGCCUUCAAGUCCCAGAUCAGGUGCCGAUCUCCAGGUGUGCACGUCCAAAGGCUCAACGUGUUGCACCAAAAAGAUGGAGGAGAAGUACCAGGUGGCGGCCCGGCGGGAUGUCCAAAACCUCCUGCAGACCUACAGCUCCAGACUCAAGAUGCUCCUGUCGCGCAACGUGGCCGCCUUUCAAGAGACCUUUGAGGUUUUGAUGAGGCAGGCGGAGAAUCACACCAACGUCGUCCUCCAGGUGUCUUAUCAGAAAAUAGCUGAUCCUGCUGCCGGCUCAGUGAGGGAACUCUUCACCGACGUCGGUCUCUUCCUGCUGGGUUCUGAGCUCAACGUUGAUGAGUUUGUGCAGCGCUUCUUCGACGCUCUCCUCCCGCUGCUCUACAAUCACUACAUAAGCCCAGGUGUCGGUGACACGUCACCAGGCUAUGCUGAGUGUGUGAGGUCACUCAACCGCGUUAUCAAACCAUUUGGUACAGUGCCGGAUCUCUUCGCCGAUCAGAUUGCUACCUCUGGGGUCUCUGGGAAGCUGCUGCUUCAGGCUCUGCACCUCGGCAUCGAGGUCAUUAACACCACGGACCAUUUACAGCUGAGUCGUGAAUGUAGGCGGGCCCUGCUCAAGAUGCUGUACUGUCCUCAUUGUCAGGGCAUCACCCAUUCCAAGCCCUGCAUGGGCUACUGCCUCAACGUAAUGCGGGGGUGCCUGGCGAGCAUGGCAGAGAUUGACGCCCACUGGAGGGAGUUUGUUCGCUCGCUGGAGAACCUGUCAGCAAGAAUGCAUGGAGCUCAGGAUUUGGAGCAAGUGCUUCUGGGAGCACACAAUAUGCUUCAUGAUGCUAUCGGGCACGCUCAGAAAAAUGGACCUCGCCUCUCGGCACAGGUUCAGAAGCUGUGCAGCCCAUCAAUCAGGAGGCCAGCUCAGUCGGUCAGCAUCCAGGACGCGAACAGCAGAGUCUCCAUCCCGCUCAAAGCUCUGAACAGACGGUCGGACGAUUCACUUUCUGUCAUGAGAAAGGACUUUCUGAAGAGCCUGCGUACCUUCAGCACAUUCUACGGUGGCCUGGCGGAUCAGAUGUGUUUGCAGGGACUUUCUUCUGGUGAUGGGGUGCCAUGCUGGAACGGAACAAACAUUGUGAAAAGCUACACGCGGCGUGUUGUUGGAAAUGGAGUCAGAGCUCAGAGUACCAACCCCGAAGUCAAAGUAAGAGGAGAAGACCCUGUAAUAAACCAGAUCAUCGACAAAUUAAAACACAUCAACCAGUUGUUGCAAGGAAAGACCAUCCCUAAACUGGGAUCACUGGACCAGAUUGAAACAGGAAGUGGAGAUUCAGAAGGACAUUACAGCGGUGACUGUGAUGAUGAGGAUGGAUGUGCAGGGUCAGGGGGCGGCGAGCUUAACAGAAAAGUCUCCAAAAUGAGUCCAGAUGUGACCAGUGAUUACAAACAUCAUCAUUAUCAUCAUCCACCUGCCAAGGACUCAGAAAUAAAUGGCAAAUCUCACAGCCUCAGACUGACUGGAGCCAUCUGGGUCCUAGUAUUGCCUUGCUUACACUGAAAAAAAUAAGUCAUUGGAUGAACAUAAAAAAAUUAUGGAAAGGAUUUCCACCUGAUUACUUUGCUUUAUUUCAGCACCAUGUACUUGUGUUACUCCUAUUUAAAGCAAAUGUGUUAGGUCAACCUAAUUUAUUAAGAUUAUUCCAAUGUAAAGCAAAUGUGUUGGCUCAACUUGUUACAAUGGUGAUUCAAUGGGUGAUUCUAAAUCAAACAUGUUGGCUCAACGUAAUAUAUUGUGGUUAUUCUUAUAUAAAUAAAAUGAGUUGGCAAAACAUAA